CGGAGUACAGCCAGCUUGACCUCUCUUCUCCUUCUUACUCUCUAAUUCCUCAAUUUAAAGUCAAUUCACUUCUUUUCUUCCCCUCCCUCCAGUGAUAUCACCUAGUCAUCCUCAAACACUCAAACACAAUGCCUGAACAAAUCUCCCAUCGGUCCAAGCCUCGUCCCACAGCCUCCUGUCUUCCCUGUCGUGCCCGUAAAGUGAAAUGCAACCGCCUCACCCCCUGCGCCACAUGCGUGGCACGCAACACCCCGCAAGAAUGCAAGUACGCCGCUCCGGAUACCGAUCGUCAAGCCAUUGCUCAAGCCGAGCUGAUCGCGGGGCUCCGAAGCCGGGCGAACCAAUUGCGCGAUCAGCUGGGCAUGGCGCGGGGGCUCGAGAUCUUGGAGAUUGAGGAUCAGCAGCCAUCCCCAGAGUCAGACAGCGAGCAGGAAGAGCAGUAUGCCUCGAUCGAAAACGAGAUCGGAACGGGGGCCCCGUCACGGAAGAAGGAGGAUCAGUUGGCCGAGCUGGAGGUGGUGUAUGCGGCGUUGAGAUGGGGAACGGGUGCGACAGUAGAGGAAGUCAUCCGAAGGAUUCGGAGAGGGGAGCCGUUGGGGGACAUUGCUCAAGGAGUGGAGUUGGGGAUGGGUCCGGGAUUAGAAGACGGUGUGGUGGUCCUGGAUUGAUAG